AUGGACAGCUGUGAGUCUCCCGUGGUUUCUGGGACAGACGAUGGGCUCGGCUCCUCCACCACCUCCCAGCAACAGCAGCAGCAGCAGCAGCACCCUCCGCAGACCUGGAACGAUCACUCUAACUCGCAGGUCCCUCCCAGCAGCCAGCCCUCUUCCCUGGAGCCCCUGUCUCUCUCGGCACCCUACCCCUCUGUGAGAGAGCCACAGCAGCAGCAGCAGCAUCCCACCCGGACCCCACCCCUGGCCCACAGCGACAGCUCCGCCUCAGGCCAGCUGCACCCCAGAAGAGAGGAGCUCAACGAGGAGCAGGAGGGAGUGAGCUGCGGAGAGGAAGAAGAAGAAUUGGAGGACUUGGAUGAGAUGGAGAUCGACAGCUGUUUCCCAAGUCUGCAGCCCUUCCCUGGAGUACCCAUAGCUCCUGGAGGAGGGGGCAUGCCCACGCUCCUCCGCCAGCAGCCCAACCAACGAAGGGGUGUGGCGGAGAGCGGGAGUGAGGAAGGAGAGGAGGAGGAAGAAGAGGAGAGCAGUGAUGUGGAGAACCUGGCUGGAGAGAUAGUCUACCAGCCGGAUGGCUCGGCCUACAUUGUUGAGAGCCUCAGCCAGCUGAUCCAAAGCGGAGGGGGUGCGGUGCCCGGCUUGCUCCCCACAAACUCUCUCCCCGUGGCGGGGAAGCCGGGGGAACCUGCUGGGACCUCAUCCUCGGUGUACCCUCAGAUCAUCAACACGUUCCACAUAGCCUCGUCGUUCGGGAAGUGGUUCGGUUCCUCAGACCAAGGUUUCCCCAAUACCUCAACCCUGGCAGGCCUCAGUCCUGUCCUGCACAGUUUUCCGCGUCUUCGAUGUGCGGCACAAAAGCAACAAGGAUUACCUGAACAGCGACGGGUCUGCCAAGAAGUCCUGCGUAUCCAAAGAUGUUCCCAACAACGUGGAUUUCUCCAAAUUUGAUGGGCUGGCCCUCUAUGGCAAGGGAAAGCCCAUCCUCAUGUGUUUUCUCUGCAAGCUGUCCUUCGGCUACCCGCGCUCUUUCGCCACUCAUGCCGUCCACGACCACCGCAUGACGCUGUGUGAGGACGAGAGGCGGCUGCUGGGGGACAAUAAGGCGUCUGCCAUCAUCCAAGGCAUCGGGAAGGACAAAGAGCCCCUCAUCAGCUUCCUGGAACCAAAAAACAAGAGCUGUCCUGUGCCGGCGCCCCCCACCAUGGUCCCCAUGAACUCUGGCCAGAGCUUCUACGGCACGUUUAGUGGGGUCCACCUGGAGGCAGGGAGCAGCAGUGGGGGCAGCGAGGCCCUCCUGAACAAAGACUCUGACUCCUCCGGCCUCCAGCAGCAGCAAGGCUCCCUCCUCUCUCUGGGGGGGCUGGGCAACCCCAAAGCACCUGCUCUUACCUCAACCCCAGGCCCUGCCAAAGACUCCAACGCCCUGCCCAAGCAGGGAGGGAGAACAGAGGGGCCUGCUGGGAAAGAGGGGAUCCGCAGGGGAGAGCACAGGGACAAGGAGGGGCGAGAAGGCAAGGUAUGCUUGGCUAGCCAGGAGGGGGGCUCGGAGGAAGAGGAGGAACUGUUAUUAGAGGAAGAGGAAGACGAGGUGGAGGAAGAAGGAACUGCGCUGGCCUGUGUUGGUAACAGUAGCAGUGGCGUCGGAGAAGUGGGAGAACCGGCUGUCUCAAACCAAAGCAUUUCCAAAUCUCCUUUAUUAAUGCCUAGUAGCGCUCUCCAGCCUUCUGCCUGCCCCUCUGCAGCCAGCCCCACGCUCAACAGCAAAGCCCCAGCUUCCACUUCCUCUUCCUCUGUCAGGGAAGAGGGCUCAGCGGCAGACGGUGGGGGGAGGACCUCGGAGCUCCCUCUGAGCUUUAACUGCCAGGGGCCCACUGUCCCAAUGGCGAUGGCGGCUGCCGCCAGCAGAGGGAGCGAGGACGACGCCGCGGGCACCUCCUCACCUCUGGCCUCCAACCCCGCCGCCGACGAAAGUGCCAAUCGAGAUAGUGCCACAGCUCCUGAACCAAAUGAUUGCCCGGCAGAGGGAGAGGAGGACAGCGGAGCUCUUCUGCACCAUCACCACCUGCACCAUCACCACCACCACCUCCACCCCUCAGCCCACGCCCACUCUCACUCACACCCCCACCCAGGGGGGUCCUGUGACAUGGGCGGCGGCGGUGAGUGCCCUCAGAACCACGGGCCUGGAGGAAGUGGGGUGGAAUGUCCCAAAUGCGACACCGUCCUGGGCUCCUCGCGGUCCCUGGGCGGACACAUGACCAUGAUGCACUCGCGCAACUCGUGCAAGACACUCAAGUGUCCCAAGUGCAACUGGCAUUACAAGUACCAGCAGACCCUGGAGGCCCACAUGAAGGAGAAGCACCCAGACUCCGGUGGCUCCUGUGUGUACUGCAGCAGUGGCCAGAGCCACCCGCGUCUGGCCCGAGGAGAGAGCUACACCUGCGGAUACAAGCCCUUCCGCUGCGAGGUCAGUACUUCAACCUAGUCAGUUGAAGAUCCAACCUAGUCAGUUGAAGUACUGACCUCAGCCUAAUGACUAGUAUACUGACAGGUGGUAGGACUUUGAAUAGAACUUUAGCACAAUGUGAAAUAUGUUGACAUGUUGACUGACAUGACAUAUCAAUCAACAUGUCAUGAUAUGAUUUAUAUUUCAUGGACCAUAGGUUAGAGGCAACAAAGAUUUCCACUUUACAACAUGAGCAAAAAUGAACAUCUUCUCUCUAUUUUCUAGGUGUGUAACUACUCGACCACCACCAAGGGCAACCUGAGCAUCCACAUGCAGUCGGACAAGCACCUGAACAACAUGCAGACCCUGCAGAACGGGGGCUCCAUCCCCUCUGCUGAGCAGCAGGUGUUUGGCCAGCACCCUGGAGGGGUAGGAGUGGUGACCGUGCCCUCUGUGACCCAGGCCAGCACCCACCACCCGCCCCACCACCACCACCACCCCACCCAGUCCUCCACCCACAUGGCGGGGCCCUGCGGUUCCCCCUCGCCCACCAAGCCAAAAAGCAAGCCCACGUGGCGCUGCGAGGUGUGCGACUAUGAAACCAACGUGGCGCGGAACCUGCGCAUCCACAUGACCAGCGAGAAGCACAUGCACAACAUGAUGCUGCUGCAGCAGAACGUGACCCAGAUGCAGCAUGGUCGGCUGGGCCUGGGGGCCAUGCCCUCUCCCUCCGAGGCUGAGCUCUACCAGUACUACCUGACCCAGAACAUGAGCCUGCCCCCUGGCCUCAAGAUGGACCCGGCUGGAGCUGAGGCCCAGUUCCUACUGGGAGGCUUCCACCUGGACCCCAACAUGGCCGCCCUGGCCCCCCAACUAGGUGAGCUCCCUCAGUCCGCCUCUGCAACAGUGGAGCAGUGGGAGCCAUUCUGGCUCUUCCCUCAGUACUGCCUAAGGUCACCACAGAGAAAGCAGACUGCAGUUCAGUACGAGUUCACAAGGGGUGGGAUCGCUCUCACUGCUGCCAGCUGUUUAUUUUUAAACAUGAAACACACAGUUAUAAACAGUAUUCAGCUUUGAUUUAAAAAAAAUAAAUGCUUCACUUUUUAACCCAUUUAGACAUAGGCUAAUUGUGUUCAUUUAUUUACUGAAUGUGUGUAGCGUGGCCAGUAAAUGAAUGCAUAAAUGGUAAGUAGUUUUAUAUUUAUAUUCAAUGAUUUAUAGUUUUAGUGAUGAAUAUAGAAUAUAAAAAAUCCCCAUGAGAAACAGCAGAGCAGCCUUUUCUCUGAACCAACAUGCAGGCAAAGGGUUAACCAGGGAACACAUUAGCCCUCCCUUCCUCACUCUCACACACACUGUAUACACACAAUCCUAUCUUUCAUGUUGGCAGCUCUCUCUUUCUUUCUGUUUCUGUUGCCCUGAGGUACACCUGCCCUACUGAACUUAACAUCAUUCGCCCUCUUUCCAAGCAAAGAGCACUAUUGAGAGAAAAGGGAGAAGGUGAAAUAACGGCAAUGUAUAAAACAGAAGAUUUCUAGAGGGGGGACCUAACCCACAACAAUCCCCCAUUUCUAUCUUAGUGUAAAAGACGACUUGUUAGUUGUUAUAUGACAGUUUCUCUCUCACCAAUGUGCCAGGGCCCAUGACUUCCAUGCCAUGUUUUGUCUAGUUGGAGCUGAAUCGAUAUCGUCCCAGUAAAAGAGAGCAUACUCUCCAGACAGUGGCCUUGGUAUUAGGACAGUGUUUCACUCCAGCUCGGCUGAGAAGAGUGGACCUUUAGACCCAAGGCUAGUGGAGGUAUUGGUGGAGCUUGAGUUAGGUACUUUUUGUGUUGAUUUUAGAGAAAGCUGAACCUGUUACAGGUGGGUUAAACAACUACCCUAGCCAUUAGAGUUAUGAGGGCUUUUUUGUCUGCAUCAGAUAUUAAUCGGCGUAGGUAAAACUUCUCUGAAAGCUCCUAUAUGGCCUCAAAUAUGCUUGCCAAACCCACACAUCCACAUCCACACUUCUCUUCAUAACACACGCAGGAGUUUAGUUUACAUUUCCAGUCAAUGUCACUCUAUCUGGGUCACACUGACUGGGAAAGUCCCCCUGUGAUACCUUGUUUUCCUCACAAUAGACGGUGUGAGAGAGGGAGGGAGAGAUAGAGAGAGAGAGCAAGCGAGCAGCUCAGUGAUCCUUCCUCUUGUUCGCCCAUGUGCUCCAGGCCUCCACUCCUCUGAACAUCAGCGUUUUCAUGUCAUUAUUUCCAAACUGCCACUGAACUCCGCCACUGGAGCUCUCUUUUUUCCCCCAACGUUGUAAUUGCAGCAAUAAAUUGUAUCUUGGUCAAAGAAGGGAGGAGUAGAGGGCCCAGCAUGGGUAAUUCAGUGGAAUAGCUGAGUGUUUGGCGUGCCAGUUACAACCCCACAGUUUGUACAGACUUGUCUCCAACUGUCGCCGGUUCAAAGACACGAACAAGAAUUGAUUGCUGUGACUAAUUUUCUAUCCCCUCUCUUGCCAUCUGGUUCAUUUUCCUGUGAGGGAACGUUUAAUAAGUAUGUUACAGGGAGGAAUGACGAGGCAUCACUCUCAGCCCUAAAACGACCACGGUGUCAUCCCCAGCCACACACAUUUUGAUUGACUGUACACACUGAUACACUCCAUCACACACAUACAACUCUGCCAUCAUAACUCUGCCUGUGCAGCUCAAGGACAGAGAGUAUCCGUCUGUACCUCCCUCCCUUUUCUCCUCUUUUCCACUGUGUAUUUGGGACUUUUGAGGACAUUGUCAGACAGAAAGGGAGAUGACAAAUCCUGACCUCACAUGAUCUCACCCUCUUGGUAAUCCUUAUCCCCAGGACUGAGCUGCUGCAGAUACAGAGCGAGGGGGGAGAGAACGAGGGGGAGAGAGGGAGGGGGAGUGCAUUUGGGCCUUAGCUAUUGUGUGCUCUACUUUGUUGGCCAAUAUACUGCCUGAAUGCUGCAGCAUCUAGGUAGAGCUCUCUGAAAAUCCAGCAAAGCCAGUCCACCACUAAUCUUUUGGAAGUUCCACCAAGCCCUGUAGAGACCAAGCCCUGUAGAGACCAAGCCCUGUAGAGAGUUCUAAUAUAGUUAUAGCCUGGACUUGGACUCUGCUCAUGUCAAAGAAUAGAGUUUCCAAGAUUUCCCAAUGAUGUGUAUUUAUCUAUAUAAUAAUAAAUAUAAUAUGCCAUUUAGCAGACGCUUUUAUCCAAAGCGACUUACAGUCGUGCGUGCAUACAUUUUUGUGCAUGGGUGGUCCCGGGGAUCGAACCCACUACCUUGGCGUUACAAGCGCCGUGCUCUACCAGCUGAGCUACAAGCCUUUUAAUGUUAUUUGAAAGUGAAAAUAUUUCCACAGCGUCCUGCCUCCCUUUCCCUAAACAUUGAUACGGACUGACAACGUCUCAGUCAAAAUAUUAUAGGUUAUAUUUAACAGAGGCCUGCUUACAUCUAAAACACAUGUAGGGACCGCAGACUGAACCUAUUCUCACACAGCCAUGAAGGCAGAGGUAAUCACUGUGUCUGUGUCGGACCAUGGAGUCUACAUUGGAAAAGAAUGGGAGAGCCACACAGGAAUGAGAGAAUAAAGAUGAGGAAAGGAGAGAAAGAGAUAGAGAUAGGGGUAGUAACUAGUGAGGGGACUGAAAGAGAGAAGGGGGGCCCUGGCUGGAGAGGUGGAUCUGUGAGUGAUUUCAGAGGGCUUCACAGAGGUCUCCCUCUCCCGGCUAUAAAAACUCAGGUAAUGGAGAAAAGUCAGAGAGCAGGCUGCAUACUGCAGCAAUAAAUAAAAAGGGGCUGCUGGAAUUAAUUUAGUGUAAAGCCAGGCGGGGUCAGCCAGUGCGCUCAGUCUGGGCAGUGAUAGAUUAAAGAUCAGCAAGCAAAAACUCCCCAGCCACUCUUACCUCAUUUUUACCGCCUUUUGUUUUUUCCCUCCUCCUCUUCCUCCUCCUCCUCCUCCUCCUCCUCAGACUGUAGAUAUGGUUGUUUCUGUUGUUGGAUCUGGAUGUGUGCGUUGUUUUUUUACUUCCCCCCUCCUUCGCUCAGUACCGAGUAGGAUUAAUCUGGUAGGUGUCUGUAUCGAUUUAGCAGCUAUGCGGAGUCGAAAGAGGCAGGAGAAUCCAAACAGAAAAAUUAUUUUAUUUUAUUAUUAUUUUGUGAACAAGGGCACUGGAUUUGAUUUACAGUAAUGUAUGCUUGGGAACUCUUUAGUUCUCUUGUAAUGAUAGAAUAACUUUAUUUUUCUGCGGAGCUCACGGCCUCUGGAGUUGAUUUAGUGCCGGGCCGUGAAAGUGCACCAGUCCAAACAGGACUACGUGUAAAUCCUUACUCUGGCGGUGCAACGUUUCUGCUCCCUGUGAAAAAGUCCAGGCUUUCUUUCUCUCGGCUCAAAGGAAGGAUAAUCUUGAUUUAAUAAAAUUAGGUACAUAAAUACACACAUGCACAUUAUCCUCAGAGGGGUAUUGGAACUAGAGAGCAAAUCCACUUUGACUGCAGAGACAAACAUGGCUCUUUGUUGAAAGUUUAACCGUACACCUUUCACUUUUCCUAGGACAUUUUCCAUGCUGAGGGAGGCUCAAAGAACUGAGAGCCCCUUUGGAAAACCCCAUGCCUCCACCCCCUCUAAGAAACUUUAAAUAACUCCUUAUGUCCAGAAAAGUACAUGUAACACAAAGUGAAAUAGAUUGAUGGCUAGAUAGGAAUAACCCCUGAAAGCUGUACUUAGAAUUUAGAGCUUCUGAAAUUUGAAAAUAACCAAUUGACCGUGUGCAUGUAACCAACUAAGCACUUUCUCCUCUCCCUCUCUCUCUCUCUCUCUCUCUCUCUCUCUCUCUCUCUCUCUCUCUCUCUCUCUCUCUCUCUCUCUCUCUCCUCUCUCUCCUCUCUCCUCUCCCUCUUCUCUCUCUCUCUCUCUCUCGCAAUUUCUCUCUUCCCUCCUCUCCCUCUUUCUCUCUCCAUCCCUGGUGCUCAGUAGGUGGGGAGAUCCCCAUGGACGUGCGGCUGGGUGGCGUUGGUGGUCAGUUGGUGUCUGAGGAGCUAAUGACCCUGGGGGAGAGCUUGUCUCAGACCAGUGACCCCUCCCUCAAGCUGUUCCAGUGUGCCGUGUGCAACCGCUUCACCACCGACAACCUGGACGUGCUGGGUAUGCACAUGGGUGCUGAGCGCAGCCUGCCCGAGGAGGAGUGGCGUGCCGUGGUAGGCGACUCGCACCAGUGCAAGCUGUGCCGAUACACCACCCAGCUCAAGGCCAACUUCCAGCUGCACUGCAAAACCGACAAGCAUGUGCAGAAGUACCAGCUGGUGGCCCACAUCAAGGAGGGGGGCAAGGGCAACGAGUGGCGCCUGAAAUGCGUAGCCAUCGGCAACCCGGUGCACCUGAAGUGCAACGCCUGCGACUACUACACUAACAGCCUGGAGAAGCUGCGCAUGCACACCAUCAACUCGCGCCACGAGGCCAGCCUCAAGCUGUACAAGGUACGUGCCUCACCCUCCCCUCUCAUCCCUACCUUUCACCCUACCUUUCACCCUACCUUUCACCCUACCUUUCACCCUACCUUUCACCUUUCCUCCCUCUUCUCUUCUUCCUUCCUAACGUUACAUUCCUCCACAGAACUCCACUGCAGAUGCUAGGAUUCUGCUCCACUACUAGCCUCUUCCACCAGUCAUGAAUGAUGGCCCUGUUGUCUAACCCUUCUGUUCACAGCGCCCGUAGAGAAGAGUGGGGGGGCUAGACCAUGGCAGGUGGAGCCGGGUAAGGAGGAUAAGGGGUGAAAUCACUAGGAGAGGGAUGAAGAAGUGUGAGGAGACAGAGGUUUGGUGUUAAUACUCCUCGGAGCGGGAAAGGCAGAAUCGUUCUCGACAGCCGUAUUGAUUUUCGCUGGACUUGGAGCUUCACCUUCUCCUCUAAUCAUUCCAUAAUAGCCAAUGGAUGAACACUCUCUGAACAAAUGGCCAUAAAUCUAACAGGCCUGAUUCCACUUAGGCACCUAUCCUGUAUGUCUGCGGCUAGACUAGGGCCAGUCUGUGUUUAACCCAAUCUGGCAUGGCUACAUAGACGGCUUACACACUCACGCACACACACUAAGACGUAAACAAACACAAACCGUUCACCCAAGCAUUCACACAACCACACAACUGUAGCUCAUCACACUGCUCUGUCCCCAAACACACUGUGCCCUUAUUUACACAAAGACUCCACUCCAUUCUCAAGUGUUAGGCUAUUGGAAAGUAAAUGGGCAAAACAAACUAUACAAAUACAAACUAUAUUUGUUUUAUACGAGUAUAACUCUUAUUUUCUGUCUUUUAGCAGUAUACCUGCUUUUGGCAAAUAGUGUAAUUUAGGACAGGGUGAAAAAUGAGGAAACAUUAUUGUGUUUUUUAAUCACAGUAAAAAGCUAGGCUAGAAUAGACCAAUUGAAAACUCACUCCAAAAGCCUGUCUCCUGGCUGUAUUGAAAGCGACCUGCUUUAUGAAUGGUUCCUGGGAUCCGCUGAUGUUUUUAUUGCAGGUUUCCUGUCUGCAAGGCCUUUGUAGUGAGAGAACCUACAGUAACGGAGAUAAAUGUUUUUUUAACACUUAGGGGGAGGUGUGAGGCUCUGCUCCCAGGUCGACCAUUAGGAGGGCCGGAGGGAGCAGGCCUUGUUGACGCUCGGUCAGGGUAGGGUAGGGGCCCGGCCGCCAUCCCAGCAGCAUCUGGGACUGGAGAGAGACAGAGAGCAGGGUUAUAGUGGAGCAGGACUGGAGCAGUGUCUCCACUGCUCAUGCCCAGACACGUAG